CGUCAACGACUUUCAAUUUGAUCAUCACCAUUCACCAACAACCAAAAUGCUUUCAGUCUUUCUACUCUUGUUUCUAUCUUGUAUCCCAUUCUCGCCGGCGGCAACCACCGGUAACAACAUCACCCUUCCCGGCUGCCCAAGUAAAUGCGGCAACCUCACCAUACCAUACCCAUUUGGCAUCGCUUCCGGGUGCUCCGUUGGACCCUGGUUCCACAUCACCUGCAACACAUCCUUCAAUCCCCCGAAACCCUUCUUGUCAGCCGAACUAUUUUCUUACUCCGGUGAUUCACAGUUCCACCGCGUAGAGGUGGUGGAUAUCUCCGAUGAACACGUGAGAGUCAAAAACAUCGUCGCUACCAAGUGCUACAAUGAAACGGGUUCGGUGAUUCAAGAUAGCGCCAGUGGGCUUGUGGUGCAAAACUCCUACUUCACGAUAUCGGAACUGAACAAAGUGAUAGCCGUUGGGUGCGACGACUACUCCUUCGUAUCUCCGAUCUCAGGGAUCGAAGGCAAGAACUUCAGCAGUGGAUGCGUGUCUGUUUGCUCUAACGUUCAAGAUGUUCCCGUUGGUUCAUGUUCAGGCAUGGGGUGUUGCUCAACGAGUGUGCCAAAUGGUUUAACGACUUAUCUCGCAAACGUAUUCACACUGAAUGCUCAUACAGAAAUCUGGUCUUUCAACAAAUGCGGCUACACGUUUCUUGGAGAGGAAAGUGCAUUUACGUUUCGGGGUGCCUCAGAUUUUGUGGAUCCUGAUUUUGUCAGUAGGACGGCUGAAACUGUCCCGGUGGUGCUGAAUUGGGUGAUCGGAAGUAGGAGUUGUAAGGACUAUAAAACAACAACCGAUUAUUAUUGUCAACAGAAUAGUGUUUGUGUGGAUUUUACUAGUGGGAAAGGAGGGUAUAGGUGCUCUUGUGAAAGUGGUUAUGAAGGCAAUCCUUAUCUUCCUCCUGGUUGCCAUGAUAUUGACGAAUGUGCGGAUCCUAACAAUAAUCCGUGUAACGGGACUUGUACAAAUCUUCCUGGAAGUUUCAAUUGUUCGUGCCCUCAUGGAUACGAAGGAGAUGGAACAAAGGAUGGGAGUGGUUGCAGGGCCACAAAUUCGAAAUCCCCGGUCCUCAAAUUGUCUCUUGGAAUGGGGUUCGGAUUCUUGUCUAUAUUGAUUGGAGUGGGGUGGCUAUAUUUCAGCCAUCAGAGACGCAAGGUUAUCAAACUGAGGGAGAAAUACUUCCUGAAAAAUGGUGGUAUGUUGUUGAAACAACAAAUAGAUACCAAUGAAGGCGGUGGUGUGAAUCAAUCAACAAAGAUUUUCACCACUGAAGAACUAGAAAAGGCGACAAAAAACUUUUCAGAAGAUCGGAUUCUUGGUCGUGGUGGCUAUGGGACUGUAUACAAAGGCAUCUUAGCUGAUGGAAAUAUUGUUGCAAUAAAGAAGUCACGAGUUAUGGAUGAAAGCCAAAUCGAGCAGUUUAUCAAUGAAGUUGUCAUUCUUACUCAAAUCAACCAUAGGAACGUUGUGAAGCUCUUAGGUUGUUGCUUGGAGAGUGAAGUCCCAUUGCUAGUCUACGAAUGUGUUUCUAAUGGCACUCUCUUCCAUCAUAUCCACACUAAUGGUGGAAUGGCUUGGUUAUCAUGGGAUAAUCGUUUAAGAAUAGCCAUUGAAUCUGCUGGAGCACUUGCGUACCUUCACUCAGCUGCUUCAAAGCCCAUCAUUCAUCGAGAUGUGAAAUCUGCCAAUAUUUUAUUAGACGACCACUUGGUCACCAAAAUUUCAGACUUUGGUGCUUCAAGAUUGAUACCCUUGGAUCAAACACAAGUGACGACAUUAGUUCAAGGGACAUUAGGGUAUCUUGAUCCUGAAUACUUUCAUACAAGUCAACUAACAGAUAAGAGUGAUGUUUAUAGCUUUGCAAUUGUGCUUCUAGAGCUUCUAACAGGUAAGAAGCCCCUUUCCAUGGAGCGGAUUCAAGCAGAAAGAAACUUAGCAGCUUAUUUCCUCGUUUCUAUGAAAACAAAUAGCUUGUUUCAAAUUCUUGACCCUCGAGUUGUUAGAGAGGGUUCACUUGAGCAACUCCAAGCAAUUGCUUCACUUGUGAAGCGAUGCCUCAAUAUGAACGGAUAUGAUAGGCCAACGAUGAAGGAAGUGGCUAUGCAGUUAGAGGGUUUAAGGAAAUUCACCAAGCAACCAUGGGUUAAUAGUCAACAAGGUAGUGAAGAUGGUUUGAGCAGAAUGAGUGAGGGGGAACACUCGGACCUUUAUGAUGUUUCCAUAAAUCCAUUUAUGGACUCGGUAGAGGCAUCAAGUUUCUAUAGCUCAGAUCAAUUUCGUUCGUUAUACCCUAUUGAUGAACCUAGAUGAUCACAUAUUUCUGCACGAAUGACAUAAUCAAUAAGCUUCUUACAAUGUUAUCCGAUUGUUAUCAGACUAUUUUUUUUAUUGGUUUCACCUAUAACUUUUAUCAGCUUGUAAUUGUUACAAAUGGUUAUUGAUAAAUAGUUAUUUUUUUAUA